UUAUAUAUUAUAGAGAACAUGUACGUCUAGCAUGUAUAUUAGAUUAAACAGUUUCCACAUAUGCGCGUGCAUUGAUGCACAUAAACGCGAAACGCUCGCAGAAGUCCACUCCGCCCCUAUACAAACAUAAACACAGAUAUAUACACCCGGAUUUGCAAGUAAUAUAAUAUAAAUGUACACACGAUACGCGUACAAAUGAGUUUGCACUAAUAUAUAGAGAGAGGCACACAUCCACAGCCACACACGCGCACUCACAGCCACACACACACACACAUCUAUAUAUACAUCUAUAUAUAUAUAGACAAGCCGAGCCGAGCCGGUUAGUAUAGCGACAGUGUAUACAGGAGAAGCGAUGGAGUACAGUCGACGCGCGUUAGCUGUGCUGGUGUUACCUCUUUUAUUGUGGAUCAUUAACCAACAUACAGCAGAAUCUCUGGAGUUGGUUGUAUUCCCCAACAGAACAAGGCUUGUACCUCUGGGUUCAAAUCUGGUGCUGAACUGUAUGGCCCUGGGCCCAGGACCACACGGAAACCGACCGAAACUUGUUUGGAUUACUCCCGGAGGAAAAGAGAUCGACUCCUCUUUCGGAAGGUUAUCAACAAACAGAGGUUACUACACAUCACACCUCUAUAUAAACAAUAUCUCACAGUCAGACGCUGGCCGAUUCACUUGCCGUGCCACUGGUCAUCGUAAGAAGAUUCUAGAGGAAGAGCACUUUUAUCUGAAUGUAUAUCAAUCAAUCAUCUACGUUGAUUGUCCUACGGUUCAAAUACUGAGAAAAAACAGUUCCGGCCUGAUAAGAUGUGUGGUUGAUGCCACCCCUGCCGUGGUGGUGUCUUGGCGGUUAAAAGGACGCUAUAUAUACGAUGGACCCACCUAUGCUCAAGAACGAAAUGGUCUCAGAAUAUUGAACGUGACCGCUGAAGAUGCUGCCAUCUACACGUGUAUAUCAGAAGUUCCCUCUUUGGGGGACUUUCGAACUCGAGACAUCAGAGUUCGAGUCAUAGAUCCUAAGGGGACCAGCGGCGAAGUUAGACGGUGAACGUUUGUACCAGCCCGGUAUGACAAAGAAUAGCGUAUCUUCUGGAUGGCCAUAAACAGCUUGCCUGCCGCCGACAUCACAACUGAAUCAUCUCAUCUGUCCAUGUUUUCUACUUUGAAUAUCACAUAGAACAGUCUUCAACAAUUUUAUGACAUUUCGUGAGUGUGUAUACAUAAUAUACACACCGCACAUAUUUAGGAAAUAUAAUAUACAUUACAUACACACAUACAAAUAGAUACAUAUGAAAUAUAUACAUAUAUAUAUAUAUAUAUA